AGCUUCUUUUGCUGCUUAUUAGCUGCAUUAAUCUUCUUGUGGUAAUGGACAAGGUAAGAGAUUUGGCAUCGAAGAAGGCAGCUGUGAUCUUCACAAAGAGCUCAUGUUACAUGUGUUAUAGCAUCAAGACACUAUUUUAUGAGCUCGGUGCUAGCCCGGCCAUCCAUGAGCUCGACCACGAUCCUAAUGGUCGAGACAUGGAGCGGGCUCUACGAGGACUAGGGUGCGAUCCCUCCGUCCCGGCGGUGUUCAUUGGUGGAAGAUUCGUAGGCUCAGCAAAAGAUGUCAUAUCCCUUCAUGUAGACGGGUCACUGAAACAAAUGCUCAAAGAUGCAAAGGCCAUCUGGUUCUAGCAAUAACCAUGUAUAAAUAAAAUAAAAAGGAAACAACUUAAUUUCCCAUUUC